AUAACAAAAAAAAAAAUUAAAUAAAAUAAAAAAAAUCAAAUACAUAAAAUUAUAAUAAUAAUAGAUUGAAAUCGACAAUGAACCCUCCCCGGGCCAGACAGUUGAACAUGCGCCAGCGUCGGCCCCAGCCAGAGCUGCAUUGGGGACCCAACGAGGAGCAGCAGCACGAAUACGAUAGAUUCAUACCACCGCUUGUGGCCGCUCGCUUGCAACACGAGAAUCCAGUGGAUGUAGCCAGGUUUGUCCAGAAUCUGAGGAUUAUACUGCAGCGUCAGCGCGUUCACUUCGAUAUGGGCGAGGGCGAUGGGGUGCACGUGUGGAGCUGGCGCCUGCCGCCCCGACCCAUCGAUCAGGAUGGCGGUGGCGAUGAUAUACGGCCGCGUCGACGGCCCCAGCCCCAAAUGUUACCGGCAGCUGCUGUCCGGCUACCCGAGGUCCGAUACUAAGAAGCCCCCGACACUAGCAGCCGAGUGGUGCCGCAACUAACCCAAGCGGCACUGGACUCAAUUUGUGGCAACCCUCGGAGCUCUCUCACUCACUCGAUUUGUGUGCGCGCCAGUGGUGCACAGUGGCGCGUUUUGUGGAUGUUACUGGCACAAAAUGAUCAAUAGGAUAAGUGGGAUGAAUUGGCGACUAGAAUCGGGAGCUGGUGAAACACAUCCAUCUGGCCACUCGCCAACUCUCGCACGGUCUCGCGCUCUUUCUCUCUUGCACGCCUACACACACUAAACCAUCUCACAUUGUGUUUUAUUAUUAUUAUUAUUAUUAUCCCAACCAAAACAAAAAAAAAAAAAAUAAAGGAAAAAAAAAACAUGUCUAGCCCCAGCCCGAAUCCCCCGCCCGUACCAUCAGUUGCCAUCCUAUUUGGUUGUCUAUUUCUGGGCAACGGGCGGCGAGAGGCCAUCCAACAACAUCCAAAACUGGCUGGCGGGGAACGGAGCGGACGGCGGGCGCAGAACGCACGCAUAUAAUAAUUUCCUGUUCAAUGAGCAAUUACCGUAAUAAAGAU